AUGUCGGAAACUUUCCUGGAGCGUUUCAGUGUCACUUUUUAUAACGAGGCAGGUGUCAUGGAGAUGGGCAUAGAUGGUGGUGGUCUCUCUCGUGAGAUGAUUAUCGCUGUUCUCUCCCAGGGUUUUGAUCCAUCGCAAGGUCUCUUUCGUUACAACGACGACCAUGCUCUUUAUCCCAACCCUGACGCCGAAGCCCUCAUGGAGGAUUUUGAAGCCCACUACAUCUUCUUGGGAGCCAUUCUUGCUAAGGCCAUUUAUGAGGGCAUGCUGGUGGAUCUUCAAUUUGCGCCCUUCUUUCUUGCUAAAAUCAUCAGUGCCAAUAGGAAUCUUAGUGUUGAUUUUAAUCACCUCAGGUCCCUGGACGCUGAACUCUUUAGACAACUUUGUCGGUUAAAGUCCUACGAUGGCGAUGUUAGCGAUCUACAACUGGAUUUCACCAUUGUUCAGUGCCUUUAUGGCAAAAACACCGUGGUCGACUUGAAACCCAACGGAUCGUCCAUCCCCGUAACGAACGAAUCACGCAUAGAAUACGUUAAUCUGGUUGCUAACUACAAGCUCAAUACUCAAAUUCAACGACAGUCCAUGGCCUUCAUUUCGGGUAUGACUGGUGUUCUCAGCAUCAAGUGGUUGCAGCUUUUUGAUGCUGACGAACUCCAAAUUGUUAUCUCCGGCACCAACAACGAAAUUAACGUGGAUGAUUGGCAAGAGCACACAGAGUAUUCUGGAAGUAAGUCUUUUUUCUCCAGCAGUUCUCCAACAUGUGGUCAGCAUUCCUCUUUAUCUCUCUUUUAUGUCCAGUCGGAGUUUUUCCGAUCCGAUAUGCUCGCUCUGUUUCGCUGGUCAGAUCUCUCUGGUCCUUUUUUUGACAAAAUCGAUCUUUUUUUUUGA